UUUAUCUGCGACAACAAAAAGCCACCAAACAAGGAAGUGAGUCAGAGCUCGCGCGCAGCAGAAAGACGUUUCGACCUUUUGUUGGUUAAAAAACAGUAAAAACACAAAGUUUUGAUUUUAUUUCGAUUCAUAAAGUUUCUUCUGCAGUUUGAAGUUCCUGAUCCGGUCUGAAGAAAUGCGUCUCAGGUUCUGCAUCCUCGCUGUGUGCUUCCUGGUCUGGCCUGGUCUGGCCCGGGACUGUGACUGGGACCAGUCCAUAGAUCCGGAUCAGGAUCUGGACCCGGCCUCUCUGGCUGCAGGGGCGCGGAACCUGGGCCGGAUCAUGGAGGUGUCUGACCCGGAGAGCUGCCGGGCUGCGUGCUGCGAUGAGGCGGACUGUGACCUGGCCCUGCUGGGCUUCCCGGCGGACGGAGCCCCGCAGUGCGCGCUGGUCAGCUGCGGGAGCCGCCGGGACUCGUGCGUCCUGCAGCCCAGCACGCAGUUCAAAGUUUACCGCAAGAAUGUGAAGCCGGAGCCCCGCCAGGCCGCGCCGGAGGACGACGAGAAGCCGCACAUCGUCCCGCUGCUGGGCUCCUGGGAGCCGCGGAGCAACGACACCAACAACGUCCGCUGUCGUCUGCCGAUGAAGGUGGGUGUGUGCCGUGCGGCCUUCCCAAAGUUUUACUACGAUGUGACCAAUCAGAGCUGCCGGACCUUCACGUACGGCGGCUGUGGCGCCAACGGGAACAACUUCGACUCCCAGGAGGAGUGUGAGGCCACCUGCAGCGGAGUCUCAGGUUCAGUCCUUCCUGACGAGUCGACUCCUGCUCCUCCUGAAGUUCCUGUCAAAGCUCCUCGAAUGGCUCCGGCCUUCAACUCAGAGGCGUCUCAGGAAUCUCCCAGUCCGGUCGAAUCCAAACCUGCAGAGAUCAACCUCACUGAGAAAAAAGAAAUGUUGGCUGAUGACUUCGCUGAGCUCUGUGAGGCGGCGCCUCAGGCGGGUCCCUGCAGGGCGGCGUUUCAGCACUGGUACUACAACAGCAAGACGGGCAGCUGUCAAUCAUUCAUCUAUGGAGGCUGCAGAGGAAACAAGAACAACUACAUCAACAAGGAGAGCUGUGUGGCUACAUGUACAGCAGUCACUGUGCUGCCGUCCAAGAAAGCUUCACCUGAGGACCAGGAGGAGGCAGACUACAAAGAACGCUGUGUGUCGACCCCGGACCCCGGCCCCUGCCGCGCCGCCUUCCCAAAGUUCUACUACAACUCCAACACCGCCAGCUGCCAGUCAUUCAUCUACGGCGGUUGUCACGGCAACCAGAACCGCUACAACUCCGUGGAGGACUGUAUGGCUCGCUGCAGCGGAGAAGGCUCCUUCGAGGGUCGCGGCCGAACUCGCAGCCGCUGGACUGCAGCCUUCUUCCUCUUCGUCACUCUGGCGGCCAUCUCUGCUCUCCUGCUGGCGACGCUCGUCAUCAUCACGCUGAAACGUCACAGUCUGUCCCGCCGUCCGUCCUCCGUCAGUGACAAGGAGGAGCUGCUGCCAGAUCCAGAUGAGCAGUGUUCUGUGGAGUCUCUGACCGUCCCAGAGAGCCCCAAACCGGACAAGGCCUGAGGAGAGGCCCUGGUUUCCUCCCGGGGGGGGGGGGG